AUGUGUCAGGAGCAAGGGGCUCGUUGUUCUAAGCACAGAGAUGCCGGCUGUGAGCUGGAGCAGAGUGAAUUCUGCUCCAUCCAUGGGCCGGUAGAGGAGCUCCUAUAUCGCCAGGAAGCACCAGCAGCCGGGCUGACACACGUGCCUGAGGUGCAAGAAGCCACAUGUCGUAAUCUCAGGCACCCCACUCGUGAGCGUGCAGUGAGUGAAGAUGUGGAGAAUGGAAUCUGCAGCAGCGAUGGCAGCGUGAGGGAGCCCCUGGAUCCCCAGGGCACAUCAGCAACCGGCCAUGGGCACAGAAGCAUCCUCAGCAAAUUGCCGGGCGAGUGGUUCAGCUGCCAUCCCGUGCUCCCCUUGGUGCUGAUCCUGCUCCUGUUGCUGGUGCUGGCGUUGGCGGUGGCCUUGGCUGUGGGAGGGGCAGCAGCCUGGGCCCAGCCCCUCGGGGCAGAGCGGGGUCCCUGCUCCCUGCACAGGGCAAUCCUCACACCUUCUCCUCUUCCCCCUGCAGCACCACAGGCUCCAGUUCCACCUGCGACUACUCCCGUGGUUCUGGGCUGUCCCCCUCGCUGGGUUGGAUACAAUGGACUCUGCUACUACUUCUCCAGGGAUUACAGAACCUGGGAUGAGGGUCAGGAGCGGUGCUCGGAGCUCGGGGCCUCCCUGGCCAUUGUCAAGGAUGAGGCAAUGGAUUUGCUCUUCCGCCUCGGCGGGAACGGCGAUUACUGGGUGGGGCUGCGCAGAUGGGGCGAGCACCUGCAGUGGGGGGACGGCAGCAGCUUCAGCUCCUCGGUUCCUGUCCUGGGCAAUUCCGAGUGUGUGUACCUGGCUGAGGAGAAAUUCAGGAGUGUGAUCUGCUCGAAUCCGCAGCCGUAUCUCUGCAGCAAGCCCCGAGCUCCCCUGUAACAGGGGCUGGAGAAAGGAGCUUCUCCACGCUGGGCAGUCCCAGCUUCACCUCUCAGCCCAGCUCAGGGCUGUCCUUUCUCAGCUGCACCCUGUGCCUUGCACUUGCUCUCAGGGUCACCUCAGUGCCUGUUCAUCCCCCUGCCAGCGCUGGGCUGGCUGUUCAAAGGAAAAGUCUCUGCAAUCCAUCCUGCCAGCCGUGCUAGCUGGAGUGAGGGGAUUGCCCUCACUGCACAACAAGCUCUGGUUGAAGAAUGGUCUCUCUCUCUGCCUGUGUCUCUGUCUAUCUCUCUGUCUGUCUUUUUGUCUGUUGUGAAGGAUCUAACUGCUCUGCUGUGGCAGGAAAGCCAGGGUGGAGCAGGACAAGGAAUACUCUCCCUGAGGGGGAAGAAAACACAGGAUGUGACUGUAACCCCCAUCCCUUUUGGUGCAGUGUGUGAAACAGAGAAUUCUUCAGAGAGAGAUCAGAGUUCAGGGAUUCAAUUAAAAUUUUUAAACAGAUUAAUGUAUAUUAAGCCAGUCACAUAUGAAACAGGGAUGUAAGCUUCAAUUUUAAGUAUGCAUAUAAGUUUAUUUUUAUAUUAUUAUUAUUUGUAUUAUUAUUAUUAUAUAUUAGGUAUCUUUUUACUGCCUUAAGAAUAAAAGACAUGGAAUUUAGUGUUCAAAAGAAGUUUUAGUGAGAGCUAAGAAACAAAAAUAUGUCUCAAAAACUAGUCUCAGUGAGUGAUCAAAAAACAUAUUUUAGACAUAAUAAAAAUAUAGUAAAAAUGAUGCUUACAUUUUUCAGAUAGAACAGAUAAGUUAUAUAUGCAGAUUAUAUGUAAACAAUUCUAUUAAUAAACUGGAAUUCUGGUAGUUUUAGAAGAAAUGUUUCAGAUUCAAGUUUUUAACUCAGUGGAUAAUUUGUAAAUAAAAAUCAAUGCAUUGGGGAGAGACUCUCUCUCUCUCUCUCUCUUUCUCUUUCUCUCACCACCAUCAUCAUCACCGAGAAGAAGACAGGAGCUGUGGCUGCAACUUCAUCCCUCCCGGGGCCUUGCACCAGAACUGCUUCUGCUUCUAAUUGGGGCUUUACUUCUAUUUGGGACUCUAUGCUGAAAGCUUUUAUUACUGACUUUUGAGAGUACUGUACCUUUAAAAUAAAAAAUUUUAUAGCAACGAACUGCUGCUGAGCUCUUUGGAAGAUUUAAACCCACAAACACCCCGACACUUUGAGCCUUUCCUAAUGUGUUCUAUUGCCUGCCCAGUGUGAGGAGGAGAGGGACAGAGAAGGUUUUGCUGGCACCGGGCACCUGGCCAGGCCCAGCCCACCCCAAUCAUCCCUGCGAUAAUUCACUCCUAUCCCACCAUUGCCCGGUCCCACAGCGGGUCUGGAUUCACGGGCAGGAGCCUGGAGUGAGAGGAGGCAGCUGGUGCCAGGGGGUGAAAUGUCUCUGCUGGGAGCUGGCAGGGAGAGGAGGAGGAGAAAGUGGUGCAGAGUAAAGGGGAGAGAAAGAGGGACAAGGCUGGAGCGGUGGAAAGGGGCGGGGAUGGGCGUGGGGCAGGCGGCAUUUUGCUUUCCAGCUCUGUGGGAGGGAAGGAAGAACUGUUGAAUCCAUGCAGGAAAGCAGGGGAGAAACAGCAGGUGCUUGAUAUCGCCGACAAUUGGGAUUCAUUUCUGUGCCUGAGCUGCCAAGGCCGGCAGACUCCGAGCCCCGCCGGACGCCGCCAGCGCUGCGCUGUGUCUUGCCCUGCCCUGCCCUGGCUCAGCCCGCCUGCCGAGAACCCCCAGAAGCAACCAGCAACAUCCCCGGGGGCUGCUGUUCCUCAGUAAUUUCUGUGGCAUCUGGUACUUUUUCUUACUG